GAAAAAAAAAGGAGUAUGGCGCAUGCGCACGGAAGAAGCAUUAGCAAGACUUCGCUGAGCAGGGCGCGCGACCUGGCUGACUUUUGAACGAGGCGCAUGCGCAGUGAGGGGCAAACGCUCUGAGAGGGGCGCGGGACGGGCUCCGUCCUCAUGCGCGUGCCUGGUCCCGUCCCGCCAUGGAGGCCGCGGCCACGGAGGAGGGCGAGGUGACCUCUGGGAUGCAGUCCCUGGCGGUUGAGGAUGCCCCGGAGCUGGUGCCGGCUGCAGCGGAGGAGGACGGGCCGGCGCCGGAAGGGGCGGAGGAGCGGGGGCAGGAGGAGGAGGCUGGGUGGUGUGUCCCCUGCAGCGACGAGGAGCUGGAGGCCCCAGAGGCCUGGAUGCCGCCGCCCGAGGAGAUCAGACGCCUCUACGAGCAGAUCGCUGCAGAGGGCACCCUGCCGCUCCAGGCCGAGCUCCUGCCCCGCAGGGCCCCCACCCCUGAGCCAGACAGCGAGGAGGAGGACAGGUCUGACGGGCAGCCUGAGAGCGAAGAGGAGGAGGAGGAGAAGCCCCACGUCCCGACCGAGUUUGACUUUGACGAUGAGCCUGUGACGCCCAAGAACUCCCUGAUUGAUCGCAGGAGAACACCAGGCGGCUCGCGCAGCCAGAAGCGCGAGGCCCGGCUGGACAAGGUGCUGUCGGACAUGAAGCGGCACAAGAAGCUGGAGGAGCAGAUCCUGCGCACGGGCCGUGACCUCUUCCAGCUGGACAGGGAGGAUGCGCCGUCCCCACAGCGCCCCUCGGGGCUCUUCCUGCGCCAGCGCAAGUACUGACUGCCGGGGGUGGGGCUGGCAGGCAGUGGGACCCUGUCCCCUUCCCAGCAUCCUCUGGGCUGGCGCUGGGAUCCCGCCGCACCAAGGACGCUCCAGCCCGGAUACCAGCUCAGGGGGCUGAGAUGGGGGAGGAAUACAGUGACGGACCAGUGGGGUCAGCCCAUGGGGCACAGGGCCCCAGGGCACGGGAAUGGGGCCCGAGGCUUUCAGGAUCUCAGCACAGCCGCCUCCAUCACACCUAUGGCUCCACCCUCACGGGGGGCUGGCAAAGCAGGAAAUACCCCCUUGUGUUGCCCGGAGGGGGCAGGACCUACAGCUGGGCAGGGGGGAGGGAAGGGUCUGUCCAGUGUUUCUGCUGCAAUAAAAGUGUUUCUCGCCC